AUGGCCUCUGUCGUGCCGAAAGCUGUGUCAACUCUAAUCCGCGCGCCAAUUUACACCCUCAACGUCGGCUGGAAGUCAAUACACGGCGCCGUCCGCCUAUAUAAACGAAACACCUACGCCACCGUCGAUGUGAUACAACAUCCUCCGCUCAAGAUGCAGGGCUUCAACAUGGGACGUUAUGUCCCUCCAGAGGUCGAAGGCACCGUCAGUGGAAACAAGCUGCAUGGCAAGCACCCCCAUGGAUCCCGCGCCCGUCACGGCGGCGGCGCCCUAACGGUCCGCUUCGAGAUGCCCUUCCCCGUCUGGUGCGAGCGCUGCCCCCAGGAGACACUCAUUGGCCAGGGUGUGCGCUUCAACGCCGUCAAGCGCCGUGUCGGCAACUACCACAGCACGCCUAUCUUCUCCUUUGCUAUCAAGCACCCGGCAUGCGGCGGUGACAUUGAGAUCCGCACGGAUCCGAAGAACACAGAUUACGUCGUUGUCAGCGGCGGCAGGCGGAGGGUGCCUGGGCUGAGGAGUCAGGAGGGCGAGAGUCUUAUAUCAGCGGCGGAUCUAGCGAGGGCGAGCCUGGCGUCCAUCGACGAGGCUAGGGGUGAGGUCAAGGAUGAGAAGGCUAGGGAGGCCGCCUUUGCAAAGCUGGAAAAGACUAUUGCAGACAGGGCGGCCCUCGCCCGCUCAACGAGCCGCGUCGAGGAGCUGGUUGACGUGUCAGCUCGGGCUUGGGACGACCCGUAUUCGCGCAACUCGGAACUGAGAAAGGCAUUCCGGGCAGAGCGCAAGGAACGGGAAGCAAUGGCCACCAGCGACGAAGCUCUGAAGGACAAGAUGAGCCUGGGGGACCAGGUUGUUCUUGGUCCGGAGACCGAUUACGACAGGCGACUGGCCGCUCUGAUGGAUUAUGGCAGUACGGACGGAGCCCGCGACGGGGCCCGGGACGCCGCUGAACUGGCCAUGAGCAAGCCGCUCUUCGGAGACUCAGGACGUUCCGCAAGCCCAGCACAGUCCUCCAAGCCCAAAGAGAAAGGCAGAAUUGCUGAUACGGCUGAGACAUCACGAAGGGAGAAAUCUCGGAUGCUCAAGGCCGAGAUUUCCAAAGAAAAGACACGAGACGGUCUCAUUGGCGCCAUCGCCAUGAACCAGAGGACGGCCAAGGAUCCAUUCUUGGAAGGCCUUUGGAGUGAGAAAUCAAAAAGACAACAUACAAUACCUGGACUCAAGCGAAAGCGGGAUCGUCUCGCAGAUCCUAGCAUUGAAGAAGUUGCCAGAAUUUCAGCGCCUUCAUCAAAGCCACACCAACAAGUGUUGGCCAGGGCGGCAUCGCCUGCCUUGGUGAGCUACGACUCGGACCAAGAGGAAUAA